AUGGCUGAACAACAAGUCUCAUUCAAAGUGGAAGACCUCUUCGCCGUCAAAGGGAAAGUUAUAGUCAUCACUGGAGGAGGAUCAGGUCUGGGAAAAGCCAUAGCUGAAGGUUUCGCUCUGAAUGGUGCUAAAGUGUACAUCGUUGGAAGGAGAUUAGAAACUUUGGAGAAUGCCGCUAAGCAAAUUGGAGGUGAUAUACAUGUGAUUCAAGGUGAUGUGCAAAGUAAGAAGAGUUGUCAAGAUAUCGUGGCUGCUGUACAAGCCAAAGAGUCCCAUAUCGACACGCUCAUCAACUGUGCAGGCGUGAACAGUCCUUGGAGAGUGGGUGCUAAAGACCACAAUGAUCCUGAUCAAGUGGAGAAUAUGCUUAUAAACGGUCUAGAAGAGGAAGAUUUCGAUCGAAGUAAUCAAAUCAACGUCAACGGUGUUUACUUCCUGACUGUCAACUUCGUUCCUCUCUUGCGAAAGUCGAAAGAUCCAAAUGUCUGCGUGAUUGCUUCUUUAGCGGGUCUCGCUAAUAUCCGAUCAAUGGGAUCGCUCACCUACGGUGUUUCGAAAGCUGCAGUCAUUCACCUCGCCAAGUUGCUAGCUGGUCGACUCCACCCUAUGAAAAUCCGAGUUAAUACCAUAUGUCCCGGUAUCUUCCCCUCCGAAAUGACCGGUGUCACAGCUGGUAAACACAGCUACAACAUCAAUCACCAAGCUGAAAAGGCCGCUCUAAGAUGUACGGCCGGUAGACCUGGUCGACCUGAAGAGAUGGUCGGACCUGUCUUGCUGCUUUCCAGUCCCGCUGGAGGAUACAUGAACCAUGCGCUGCUGACUGUAGAUGGAGGUAGAUUAAUGGGUGCUAGCAUCAAUGAUGGAAUUAGGAUGCCCGAGGAUACUUAUACGUGA